AUGUCUUGUCUUAAUACCACACACCCCCUCGUCGCGUCUCACAGCGGCACACAGAUCAUCAGCAGCAAGAAAUACGCAUGUGAGACCUGCAUAAAAGGUCACCGCUCGUCCGCGUGCAAACACACCGACCGGCCCCUCUUUGAAAUAAAGAAAAAGGGGCGUCCAGUCACCCAAUGCGAGCACUGUCGCGAGCUCCGAAAAACAAAACAAGUCCACGUAAAAUGCAUCUGCGAAGCUAAAGACGACCCCCACGCGUCCGCCCCGCAAGGUCCCAAGCAGGGAUUUGAGAGCGCCGCGUUUCCCAACGGCUUGCCACAAGCCUUGGAAGCGUCGGUCGCGUUUCAAAGCCAAAGCCUCACAGAAGGCGCCUCAUCCGACUCCUCGGACUAUGGUGGCGUCCUCCGCCAGGCCCACAAGUGCAGGUCCGGCGACCCCUGCAGCUGCGUCACACCCCGCACAAAGCAUUCCCGCGCACGAGACCGCGACCGCGAGCUUCGCGAGCGGGAGCGCGAUGGAAUGGGUGGUGGUGGUGUGCCCAGCGAGCAGCAGCAGCAGCGACACACAGGGUCCCCGGGCCCGUCCUCCAUGAACACGAAUCCGAGGCACCCCUACACGCCCUCGCGCACCUCGGCGCAGAUCCUCGCGCGCAUCGCCGAGCUGCGCCCCGUCCUCCCGCGCCCGACCUCCGCCUCAGAAGGCGGUUAUCCGUACCCGUACCCGUAUACAUUUGGCGUUGGCCCCGUACACGAUCCGUCGACGGGCCUCCCGCAUGCGCAUGGGAGCCGCCACCACGACCAUAAACCGUACAAACACGCUUCUUCUUCUUCCUCCUCUGCUUCUGCUUCUGCUGGAUAUAGUAUACCAACGCCAUAUCACCCUUCACAACACGCUUCGGCAUCAUACGCGCCCUUUGGAUAUGCGUAUCAGACUCAAAAUCAGACGUAUGGCGAUAUACAGAUGAUGGAUGCUUCGCCGCUCCCACCACCACCGUCGUCGUCGUCCUCAGCCAUGUGGUCGCCGUUCAACUCGGGUACAGGUGCAGGUGCGGGCACCACCGCAUUCGCGGACCCGUUCCCCUCGCUGUGCGGGUGCGGCGACGGGUGCGCGUGUCCUGGGUGUCUGCACCAUAACUCCAACUCCAACAACAACAGCAACAAUAAUAACAACAACCACGCAUCGGCUACGCGCGGUGUUCCCCCCGCGUACGCCUACGCGUCAUGUCGCAACCCCGAAACGUGCGCGACGUGUCUGGAUUGUACGAUCAUGGCGCUCCCGCUCUCGCUCCCUUCGGCUAUGGGGAUACCGGCUGAGGAUACGGCGUUGUCAAUAUACGACUCCAACGCCGGUGCCAAUGCCAAUGCCAGUGCCAGUUCAAUGGGUUUAGAAGCCGGCGCGGCGAUUGAUGAUUGGUUGAGACAGAUGGCGGGCGGGGCCGGGGGCGGGGGCGGGUAUCCUGGUCCUGGGGAGGAUGUGUAUGGAGGGUAUCACCCGCAGCAGCAGCAGAUGCAGGGGUAUCAGCAGACGUCGUCUCCUUCUCCGUCGCCGUCUUGGAAUAUGUCCUAUGCCCAAUCUCCCCCGCCUCCGCAUUCGUCGAUGAUGGCGUACACUGCGCGAAGCACUAGCGGUGGUAGCAACAGUGGUGGUGGCGGCGGUGGUGGUUCUAGUGCGCAGCGCGCGCAAGUCCAAGGACAGGGAUCAGCAAGCGGUGUGGAUGAUACGCUUAUUGACCCGCGCUUGCUCCCACCUGCGAACGCUAAUGCUUACUACCGCGUCCCCAUCCCUGGACCCAUCCCCGGACCGAUACCGAUACCUGUUCCUAGGAGCCGCUCGCCAUCUACGUCGACUACAUCGUCGCAUUCGAGUUAUCAGGGGUCUGAGGGACGCGGUGGUGGUGGUGGUGGGAGCGCCGGCACCAGUGCGAGCGCUAGUGCGAGCAAUGAGCGUGUACCGCCGUAUCGCCCUUCAGGGCGUAUGCAGGGUGUAUAUUCGCCCCCUCCAUCCGCGCGUGGGGGCACAAGUGCGGGUACGGGUGCGAGUGGUGGUGUGAGCGUGCCGCAGUUGAAUAUGUUGAAUCUCCGUCCUAACCUUGGUGUGGGUACGGGUGUGGGGGCAGGGGGCCGUGUACAGCGCGGGCCGAGUUCGGGGUCGAGUGCGAGUGCAAGUGCGAGUGCUAGUGUGUCGCCGUCUCCUGCUUCUGCGUCGGCGUCGGCGUCUGUGUCGGGGAAAGGCGGUGCUGGGAGGAGCAGUAGUACUAGAAGCGGCAGUGUGAGUGGGAGUGUGAGUGGGAGUAGAAGUGCGAGUGCGAGUGCGAGUGCGACUUCGGAGUAUGAUCCUUCGUUGGCGGGGUUGCAGAUUUAUUAG